AUGGCAGACUAUCCGCGCCUUGGUCUGCAGCCAGUUUCCCAUCUUAAGGCUGGUCCGACCACUUCCAGCUCCAGAUCGACUGCGUUGCCCUUGACAAGCCAGCCCCCCCUCGCAAGACCCUCAUCUCGACUGCGAACACAAAAGUCUUCUGCUAGAGAUGAUCCGGUUGAUGCGACCAGCGAAAAAGCUACUCUUGCCUUGAUUCGACGCGUGCUAUGCCCGCAGACGAGCAACCACGGCGCAUCCUCUCCACCGCCUCCAGAAGACCUACUACCUCCCCUCACGAGCUCCAAUGACGUUGACCGUCAGCUAUACGCCAUAAUCGCUAUUAUAAUAAGAGAGUUUCUGUACUCAUGGUACUCAAAGAUCACCCCUGACCAGGCACUUGUCAAUGAGGUCUUACAGGUUGUGGCACACUGUACCCGCGCCCUGGAACAGAGAAUACGCCAGAUCGAUGUUGCACAGCUAGUUUUGGAUGACAUCCCGGUGCUAGUGGAAGCACAUAUACGUUUCCCGGACCCGACAGACCCAGAUACCCUAGGCGAGCAAAACGAGAAUGAAUGUAUCUACCGGCGGCUCUUAGCCAACGGCAUACUGGCAGUACUAUUGCCUACAGAGGACCUCGAGAAUAGCAGCCUCCGCACCCUAGUGGGCGAUGUGCUGGCCGAUCUUAUAUUGGGAAAGGAAGUCGCUGGUCGUAUCUGCGAAGGAAUAUUUAUCUGGGAAACGACCACCAAAUUGCUCACUAUAGCUCAGCACCGCGGGAACGGACAGGAUUCCAGUUCAUCGGGAAAAACUACGAGUAGUCGACUGGAGCAGUUUGGCCUACUCCAUGAAGAUUCAGGGGCGUCCCAACCUCCCACCCAGUCGCCAAUUACAUCCUGGAUAUGGAACAUCCUUCAGGGCAUAUACCUUGGUUACGUUGCCUUGCGUUUCAUUGCGACGGGUCUCUUCCGCGUCGCAUCCUCUCCCGGACCGGGGGCCUCGCACGGAGCCAGUGUUUCAGUUCCCGCUGCAACGCCAGAGGCCCAGAAGGAGGGGAUCGAGUCGUCGUCAGACGGCGUGGCGGAUAAGCGCCCAGUUCUCGACUACCGAAUGUCUUCCAUGGCAUCACAGCUACUUGGCAUUUCCGAAAGGAUGCCAUGGCUGACCGGAUUAUUCGCACUCGCUCAAAAUAUCAUUCUCGCGGGGCCAGGUAGGCUCGGUGACACAGACAGUGUCCUUGAUAGGUAA